CCUGGAAUAGCAGCUAGCUUGUGGAGCGGGCUGUGAGUGCACUGCUGGGUGCAGCGCGGAAGCGGCUGGCGGCCGAUCACUCGGCAAUCGGGUUUAAGAGGUUGGUAUUGGAUUCUGCAAGGGAAAGAGAUAUGUUCUUACCACGUGUUUUCAAGCCUUUUCCAGGUCUCUGGAAUGGGGUGGGAACCGUUCAUAUGCCGGAACUUUAUUCCUUCUGUGAAUUUGGCACCCGUGUUCUAAAAGUCGAGGCAUGUGAGAAGGAAGUGGAUAUCCAGAGAUCAUUACCACACGCAACAACGGUGCAGCUCUACAUGAGGCCAGCAUCUGCACCAACACGAUACACCACAUAUUUCAGGAUGGAGCCUCUAAACCAGACGGCAAUAUUCUUCGACUUGAUGGGUACAUGCUGCGAUUGGUUGAUAUCCCUCAAACCCGUAUUAUUAUCUUGUCCCGCACAUACAUCACUUGAGCCGCGGUGGCCAAAAUUGCAAUCUCUAGCAAUAUCCUGGCGUGAAGGUUUCUUCUCCGAGAUCCACGCACGCUUCGAGAAGGGCCUUCCUGCUGAAGAUAUCGACAUAACGCACCGGCGUGUCCUCGACCGCUUGCUCGAAGCUCUGCAUAUCGGCCUUGACGACUGGGACGAGGACGUACGCCGCAGACUCGUGCAGCAAUGGCACCGGCAGCAAGCUUGGCCUGAUGUGAUUCCCGCUUUACAAAAGCUCCGCCAGCGGGGCGACGUAUUCUUAGUUGUUCUGGCAAAUGGGACGACCAGACUGCAACUCGAUAUCGCGCAGUCGUCGAAUAUACCCUUCCAUAUGCUCAUGUCUUCGGAGCUAUUAGGACUGACAAAGCCGGAUCUGGAUAUAUAUAGAAAGGCUAUGGAUUUGGCGAAGCUGGCGCCGAAGAAUUGUACGAUGUUGGCGUCGCAUCUCUAUGACUUGGAGGCCGCGAAGAAGGUUGGCAUGCGAACUGUUUAUGUGCAUAGAUCCACAGAAGACGUAGGGAUCGAAAUUGAUAUCGAAGGCGAGCAGGGCUAUGUUGAUCAUUACUUUGAUGGAAGGUAUGAAAGCGAAGGAGCCGGGGUUCCUACUCGUGAUAUUGGGUUCUUAGAGGUCGUUGACUCUUUGUAUGAUUGA